AUGAUAACGCUGGUAUCAUCGAUGAUUCAAACGAUAGUACACAAACCAACGGGGGUGAGUCUCAUUCGAACUCCGAAGAUGCCCUCGAUAGCCAUUGACGAAGGAUCGUCUGAGAGAAAUCCUUCGAACAAGGAUGAGUCGAAGGAAGUCAUCAAGCAGUAUGAAGAAUGUCCGAAACGAGCGUAUGCAGGAAGUGACAACGGUUGCUGCGAUAAUGAAAAGUUCCUGAUUGGAGUGGCUAUACUUUUGAUGGUAUUCGCCUUGCUGACUCUCGUCAACUACUAUCACAUGGCCCUCGUUCCAUUACUCUUGUCCAUAGCCACAUCCAUCGUGAUUAUAGUUGGAGUUUGCACGAAAAACUCAGUAUGCAUGCUUAUCUCUAUGAUUCUUUUGAUAAUUUUGGCUGUUAUUGAAAUAGUGAAGCUACUCUUCGAGCUAUACCAUUUCAUAAAUGGUGAGAGCGAAGUGACUGCGAGAGCAAUUAUUGGCUUCAUUUUUGGUAUUCUGUUUUGCGUAACCAUUGUUUUCGCUAUCAUCUCUACCUGUGCACUUCGCAGAGAGUACUAG